AUGACUACAACAAUCUUCACAAACGCCCGCAUCUUCACGGGCAGCGGCAACACCUUCCAAAACACCAUGAUGAUCCUUGGCCACCAAAUACUCUAUGUCGGCCCAGAAGAUGACCCCGCCAUCCUCUGUGCCAAAUCAUCCGGUGCUCGUGAGAUCGACCUCGACAACCACAUCAUCGUCCCCGGCUUCAUCGAUAGCCACGUACAUAUUCUCGACUUUGCUUUGUCGCAGCGUCGAUUGAAUCUCUUGUCCUGCAAAUCGCGUUUGAGUAUUCGGGAGACGAUCAAAGCAUAUGCGCAAGAGUAUCCGGAAUUGGAACGGGUCGUUUGUAAGGGAUGGGUGCAGUCGAGCACGGGGGGAUUGGCGUUGGCGAGUAUGCUGGAUGAUCUGGAUAAAAGACCGAUAUAUAUCCAAGCAAAUGACCUCCAUUCCAUCUGGUGCAACACCGCUGCGUUACAUGAGCUAGGAGCGGAGAAUAUGAGUGACCCUCCAGGAGGCACGAUUCACCGUGAUGAAAAUGGAAAACCGUCAGGUUUACUCAGUGAAUCUGCGCAUUUGUCAGUUGCGCUUCCAUUCUUGACGAGCGUGGUUUCCAUCGAGGAGAAACUCACUGCAUUGGAGGAUGCAGCCAAGGCGUAUACCGCUGCAGGCUACACGGGGAUGAUUGAUAUGGCUAUGAAUGAGGAGGACUGGGAAGUCUUGAAGCUCUUCCGACAACGAUAUGCUGGUGAAUUGCCGUUCCAUAUUGCAGCACAUUGGCUCGUUCCGUACUCGGGGGACAUGGAUGUUGUGUUUGGAUAUGUUGAUCGUGCCAUCGCGCUCCAUCGCGAGUUCCAUCCGUCGAUGUCUCCCACAUUUUGUGUUGUAGGUAUCAAACUAAUAGCCGAUGGAGUUGUAGACGGCUGCACCGCGGCCCUAAGCCAGCCAUACACAAACACUGCGGACCCGGUUGCUACCAUCUGGCCUACGCCGGCACUUCAAGCGGUAACCCAAAAAGCCACCGCUGCCGGCCUCCAAUGUGCAGUCCAUGCCAUUGGAGAUGCCGCUGUAAAACAAGCAAUCGACACUCUAUCAUUAUCAUCGCAAGUCCAGCCCAACGGACCCCCACGCCACCGCAUCGAACACCUCGAACUCACCUCCCCCGAAGAUGCAAAGCGGCUUGGUCAGCUCGGCAUCACUGCCUCCGUGCAACCAGUCCACUCAGACCCGGUCCUGUUCCGCGCAUGGCCAAGUCUCAUCGGUCAGCAUCGCUGCGGACGCGCAUUUGCGUAUAAGGAGUUCCUAGAAGGCGGUGCGAGAGUGGCAUUCGGAUCAGACGCGCCUACAGCUGCGCAUUUGGCAUUGCCAAAUCUAUAUAAUGCUACGACGCGGAAGUCUGCUAUUGAGCCUGAGUCUGAGGAGACGGUGAAUGAGCAUUUUGGACUGGAGUUGGCAAAGGCUGUCGAGGCUGCUACAACCGGGGCGGCGUAUUCGCGGUUUGCGGAGGGAUGGACGGGGGGCUUGAAGAAGGGAUUGAAUGCUGAUUUUGCAGUUUUGAAUAUGGAUUGGAGGGCUGAGGGAUUGCUUAAGGCGAGGGUGACGCAGACUUGGUACAGGGGUACGGAAAAAAAUAUCGAUUGCCAUACAAGAAACUUGCGGCAAAUUGUCUCAAGGAGCAGGCUUUGA